AUGGAAAACGUCCAGCAAAGUUCCAACGGAUCUAGUUUCAACGAUUACAACGAUAUCAAUUUGACCAUACGGAUUCUAUUUCACGGCAGAGAAGUAGGAAAUGUGAUUGGUAAAGGAGGUGAAACUGUAAAAAAUAUAAGAGACCAGUCUGGUGCGAGAGUUUUAAUCUCUGAUGGUUCAACUCCAGAACUUAUUGUGACCAUUACUGGAACUACAAAUGCAAUUUGUAAAGCUACUGAACUUAUUGGACUAAAAGUCGAAGAAUUUUUUGAGAGACAGAAUGGCGACUGGAAUGGCCCAAAAGCACCUUUGACUUUUAAACUAAUUGUACCAGCAUCUCAAUGUGGUUUCAUAAUUGGUAAAGGUGGAUGGAAAAUAAAAGAAAUUAGAGAAUCAAGUGGAGCUGCCAUACAAGUAGCAUCAGACAUGUUACCCAAUUCAACUGAACGUCUAGUUUCAAUCACUGGUACUACAGGAACAAUAUCUCAAUGUGUUUAUCAAGUGUGCAAUAUACUAUUAUGUUAUCCACCACGUGGUACAACAAUCCCUUAUGAAGUUUGUAGUAAUACUUCAGGAUUUGCUAGUAGUGCAGUUGGUAAUGAUCUUGGAAGACAACACACUAAUCCUUUGCCCAGUCUUGCAGCUCUUGAGUUAGGAACUGCAUCAACUGGAGAUAUCAAUCCAGAUGCUGCAUUUGCUGGAAGUCAAUUGAGAACAGGUAAUCUUGAAAACCAAAAUGAUGGUGAAGAACAUAAAAAUCAAAAUUCUAAUUCAAACACUGAGACAAUAUCUAUGACUAUACCUGAUGAUUUAAUUGGAUGUGUCGUUGGCAGAGGAGGAAGUAAAAUCGCAGAAAUACAACAAAAAAGCGGUGCUUUGGUGCAAGUAGCUACAGAUAAAGGAACUCAUGAAAAUUGUGAAAAUGGAGAUCAAAAUAUAACAAUUACAGGAAACAAAGAUUCUAUUUCAGUUGCCAAGAACUUAAUUGAAAUAAGGUAUAACGUUGUUGUCAAGUUUAUGAUAACAUUCUUGGAACCAGGGUUGCCAAAACCUAUAUUUAACGGCCUUACAUAA